GAUUCGGGAGAUUGUCUUCAUUCCUGCGUCUGACAUACCGUGAGAAUGCUUUCUUUUUUGGUCAAACCUCCACAACGUACUCGAGUUGCCCAUUUGAACAAGAUCGCGUUUGAUGAUGGUCGGUCUUGCAUUGAGUUCAAAGCGCCUUCCGAUCAGUACUUGGUCAUUAAUCGACUUCCACCGGCGCCACAGGAGGAAGCUUCGACUGAUAAGCAUGGCAUUGAGGGCCCCAGUUCACCCAAUUGUGCUUUGAACCCUCCAUUACACUGGCACUCCAGGCAGGACGAAUUCUUCCACGUCCUUCACGGCAAGGCAGCUUUUUACCUGGAAGAUCGAAAACAUAUUGCUACAGCUGGAGAGGUAGUUGAGAUUCCUGGUGGAGUGUACCACACCUUCCGGAACACGCAGACGUAUCGAGACGAUUGCCGAAAGGCGGGGAUCCCGCGCAACCUGUGUCAGGUUCUAAUGUUCAACUAUAGGGCCAACGUCGUCCUUGCAUUACCAGGUCCAAAGUUCAUCGCAAAGCCAUUGGGAUUAUUGCUCAAUUUCUUCGCCGCCUGGGCGGGCACAGUGAUAUUUGGUUUCAGAGACUCAUAUCCAGAGUACUUUGAUCGGCAACGACCUUCCUCGCGCCCAUGAUGCAUUGAGAUGCCAUAGGUCGACACUCCGGAAGACUUGCCUCGGUCCUCACAAUCAAGGGCUUUUGCAGCCGUGCAUGACUAUUGUCUAAGAGCAUGUGGCGACACCUGGCUUUGAUAGUGCAGGGUA